AUGACGUCUCUGUUCAUCUCAGUGUUGCUGGCUGCUAUGUGCCUUGAAUGCAGAGCACAACAAGACAACGUGCUGCAGCCAAAAGGAGAUGUGACUGCUACUGAAGGAGAGACAGUAACACUUGGAUGUCAAUAUAACACCAGUUCAUCACAACAUAACCUCUUCUGGUACAAACAGGAUGGAAACAACAGACCCAAAUUCAUCCUGAGCCGCUUUAAUUUUGGUGAGGGGAAAACAGAGGACGGGUUUAGGAAAAGAUUUUCAUCCACGUUGGAUUCAACCUCAAGAUCAGUUCCUCUGAAGAUCUCCUCUGCUGCAGUGUCAGACUCUGCUGUGUACUACUGUGCUCUGCAGCCCACAGUGACAGGAAACACCAAAACUCUGUACACGUUCGGUGAAGGAACCAGACUGGAUGUUGGAAGUGAUGUCCGUCCCACCCUGACGGUGCUGCCCCCCUCCAGCCAGGAGCUGCAGCAGGGGAAGGCCACGCUCACGUGUCUGGCCAACAAGGGCUUCCCCUCAGACUGGAGUCUGGCCUGGAAGGUGGACUGCAGCAGCAGCACCUGGGAGCAGAGCAGGAGCCCUGGGGUGCUGCAGGAGGACGGCCACUACAGCUGGAGCAGCACCCUGAGGCUCACUGCAGACCAGUGGAGGAAGGUGGGCUCUGUGACCUGUGAGGCCACCCAGGGCUCCCAGACUCCUCUCUCAGAGACACUGAGGAGAGACCAGUGUUCCCAGUCCUGA